AUGGGUUUUCCUACAAAAUGGCCUGUUGUAACGUUUUUACUAGUUAGCAUUGUGCUUAGUUUGAGUGUAGUGACAUUUGGAGAUGGUAAGCUAAAGACCGAAAGAUUUGAUGAUGAAGAUUGUGGUUUUAGGUGUCGUGGUCCAAGAGGUGGGCCAUUUGGCAGCCGUGGGAGGUGGGGUGGACCAAGAGGUGGAAGAUUUCAUGGUCCAGGGCAUUUUGGUGGGCCGAGGGACGACCCACGUUUUGGUGGUCCCGGUAGAGGUGGCGGUCUUGGCGGAGGAGGUGGUCUAGGUGGUGGUGGUGGUGGAGGUCUAGGUGGUGGCGGUGGAGGUGGUCUUGGCGGUGGUGGUGGUGCUGGUGGAGGCUUUGGUGGUGGAGCUGGAGGAGGUUUAGGUGGAGGAGGAUUAGGUGGCGGAGGUGGUCUAGGAGGAGGUUCCGGUGGAGGUCUAGGUGGUGGUGCCGGAGGAGGAGUAGGGGGUGGUACUGGAGGUGGCCUUGGAGGUGGUGCAGGCGGUGGAGGUGGGGCAGGCGGAGGAGGUGGAGUCGGAGGUGGUUCAGGUGGAGGAUUCGGAGGUGGUGCAGGUGGGGGACUAGGAGGUGGUGCCGGAGGAGGUGUUGGUGGAGGUGGUGGUGCUGGUGGAGGAGGGGGAGGUGGACUUGGCGGUGGUGCGGGUCAUGGAGGAGGAUUUGGAGCAGGUGGAGGAGUAGGAGGUGGUGCUGGAGGAGGUCUAGGUGGUGGAGCUGGAGGUGGUGGUGGUGCAGGUGGAGGAGGAGGUGGUGGACUUGGCGGUGGUUCGGGUCAAGGUGGAGGAUUUGGAGCUGGUGGGGGUGUUGGAGGUGGUGCCGGAGGAGGUCUUGGAGGUGGAGCUGGAGGUGGUGGUGGAGGAGGUGGAGGAGGUGGUGGUGGACUUGGCGGUGGGUCAGGUAAAGGUGGAGGAUUUGGAGCCGGUGGGGGUGUUGGAGGCGGUGCCGGAGGAGGUCUUGGUGGUGGCGGUGGAGCUGGAGGAGGAGGUGGUGGAGGUUUAGGUGGUGGUUCGGGCCAUGGAGGUGGAUUUGGUGCUGGAGGUGGUGUAGGAGGUGGAGCAGCUGGGGCAGGAGGUGGGGGUGGAGGAGGAGGAGGUGGUGGUGGAGGCGGUGGUCUUGGUGGAGGUGCGGGUCAAGGUGGUGGCUUUGGUGCUGGUGGAGGAGUUGGAAGUGGUGCGGGUGGAGGACUUGGAAGUGGUGCCGGCUUAGGUGGUGGUCAUGGACUUGGUGGCGGAGGAGGAGUUGGCAUCGGUGUUGGCAUUGGUGUAGGAAUUGGAGUUGGCGCCGGUGCUGGCAAAGGAGUAGGCACUGGUGUUGGUGUAGGUGGUGGAGGAAGACGCUAG